UGAGAGCAGUCCGUAAGCACUGAAGCAAGAGCAGCGACACACCACAUUCAUUUAGCACUCCUUUAAUGGUGCCCGCUGCGCCUCGGGCUCAGAUCAAGAACUUUGUUCCACCUGAUCUCUUGAGGAGAUCCACCGUACCACUCAGCCUCCUCUGUCCCCUCGUCCACCUCUGAGGCAGCAGUCAUGAACUGGGGUGAUCUGGAGACGCUCAUUAGUGGGGUCAACAAAUACUCCACAGCAUUCGGUCGGGUCUGGCUCUCAAUGGUCUUUAUCUUCCGGGUGCUGGUGUUUGUGGUAGCAGCUCAGCGGGUGUGGGGUGAUGAGCACAAAGAUUUUGUAUGCAACACUGCCCAGCCGGGUUGCACGAGUGUGUGCUACGACCAUAUCUUCCCCAUCUCCCACAUCCGCCUGUGGGCCCUGCAGCUCAUCUUCAUCACCUGCCCAUCGCUGAUGGUCAUCAGCCAUGUGAAGUAUCGAGAGAAGAAGGACUUGCAGUAUAUUGCCUCCCACCAGGGUAAACAUCUGUAUGCCAACCCUGGGAAGAAAAAUGGAGGGCUGUGGUGGACAUACCUGGCGAGCCUGGUUUUCAAGGCAGGCAUUGAUGCUGGCUUCCUCUAUAUCCUGUACUACAUCUACAAAGGUUACGACUUGCCCCGUUUGUCCAAGUGUUCCCUGGAGCCUUGCCCCAACACGGUGGACUGCUACAUAUCUCGGCCCACUGAGAAAAAGAUCUUCACUCUCUUCAUGGUGGUGUCCUCUGCCAUCUGUAUCUUAAUGUGCAUCUGUGAAAUGAUUUAUUUCAUCUGCAAACGCAUCAAGAAACUAAUCAUUGCGAAAAUAGAGGCAGACAGGAAGGCACCCAAAAAGACUCAGGAGCCAUUGGCAGCAUCCAGUUCACAGUACAGGUCUAGAACGUCUAUUAGAGGGGAUCAGACAGCAUCUAUCCAGAACCUCAAUAACAUCAAGACUGAGGUAGCAUAACCUAAGAAAGAAGAACCAUGCACCGUGUAGCUCAGGCUACUUUGAGAAACUGAGUAAAUAUCAUCAGGUGCAACUGGAAGCAAAUGCAUCCUUCAGACACGAUGAAAAACUGUUGCUCGAUUUGAAGAAAUAUGCUGACUUUUUGAAAAGCAAUUUGUAAAUAUUACCAUGUUAAAUGACAUUCUGCAUAAAAAAUUAUACCAAAGUGGAGGAUGGAACAGGAAGCUAUUUUUUGUUAAGUUGCUUGUUGUUGCUGUUAUUGUUUGUUUGUUUUUGUGCAAUGGCGAUCUGUGUGUAUGUACGAGUGUGCCUGCAUUCGUACGUGUGUGUAGCCUACACAUCACUGGCCAGUAGUAAGCUUAAGCUGUACUCAGGUGUUCUGUGGAUAAAACUUUAAAAGUCUAAAAUGCUAAGUCAUAAACUUAUCCAGAUACAGAUCAAAUGGUGAGCCCCUUUGCCUGAGUACACACUGACCCUGGAGAGCACUUUCUUGAACACAGUAAUCCGCAGAAAGCACUUAAUAACAUGGAAAUGACAUGGACAAUAAAGAAAAAGAAAAUGUUCUUUAUUCUCACACAGAUCAGAAUUGCUUAAUGAAGGUAGAAUUCAGAUGUGAACUAAUUAAUAACUUGAGAAAGUUCACAUACAAUUGUUUAGACCCGCAAAAAAGGCUAUU